UACUUUAGAGUAUGGUUAGUUAGUUUGCUUCGUAAUACCUAAGCAUCUUAAACAAAAUAUGUAUUUUAUUUUAUGAUGUUGGAUAUUGAUUUUGACGAACCAAUGCAAGUUUGCUGAUGGCUUGCACAACCCUUCCCAGUUGGUGUUUGGGCACAAAGGACAGAAUGUGACACUUCACGCAAAUGCCACAGUGAACUGGAACACAGCCUGGUAUCGACAGAAGGCGAAUGGGGAGCUGGAGAUGAUCUGUCUUGGGGGUUCGGAAACUGAGGGAUUCUGCCCCAGGCGUCACCAGUACUUCAUGGGCACGGCAGACUCAGACGGCCCUGGCAAGAAGAGGGCUUUUCUGAUCAUCUACAAUGCGUCUGUGAUGGACUCUGGGAGAUAUAUCACUGCGCUUCAUGCGAAAAAGGCUGAAGAAUUUUCCGGAAGCUCCUAUGUGAAUUUGGUGAUACAUAAUCCUGCCAGGUCUCCAUCCAUGCGUGUGUUCUCUGGUUCCAGCCGGUCGGGGCCACAUGGUCUCCUCUGCGAGGUAACAGGAGCAGACAGCUUUUGGACCGGACCUUACUGGGUAAUGACCCAACAUGAUCAAAGCAUCAUUAUUGCAGGCUGCACCGGUGAGGGUCUGGACACAGGCGGACAAGCGGUACGAUGGUCUGUGGUGACAGUGGAAUCGGAGAUGGCCAUCUCCCUGACCUGCACGUGUGACCACAAGCACACUGGUGACCUUGUCAAAACAAAGCCACUGACCAUAGGCCUCUCAGAUGCAGGUGCAUCUGUGUGCGUAUCCAUGGUGAUGCUGGGUCCACUAACUGGCAUCCUGCUUCUCCUGACACUGCUGCUGGCCGUGCUCUCAGCCUGGAGACGACGCCAAAGAUUUUCUUAGUUCCAAUAGAACGUCUCUGAUGACAACCACCACACACAAAGCCCUGCCUGCUGAAGACUAUUGACCUCUUCGCACAGAGCCUUUAUCUGUUAUAACAUAUUGUCAUCAAAAUUGUAACAACAAAGUAUUAAUCUCUGACUCACCCUGUUAUGGCAUAGCAGUGUUGUUAUGAUGUAGUCUUUUCAGCAAAGAGUGAACAGGCCUGCCAGGGGGGCCAUCUGCACAAAGAGGCUACAAUAUAGGCCUACUCUUUAUGAUUAAUUGUGAAAAAUGUAUAAGCUUA